GUGUGUUAGAAGCAAGCGGGCUCCGCUGGUAGUACUCAGCGGUGGCUGGGCAGCAGACGGUGUGAGCAAGACGAACCCUUUACAUGGUUUUCAACGUUAGGAUUACACGACAUCUGACAGACAUGUCGCGGCAUCAAAGGACACCAUCUAGAAGCCCUGACAACGUUAUUGAGGUCAAAAGCAAAUUCAAUGCAGAAUUUAGAAGAUUUGCUUUGAAGAGGUCAAAUGUUGGGGGAUUUCAGGAGUUUUACAGGCUAAUUCAGUCAGUUCAUCAGAUUCCCUGUGUGGAUGUUCUGCUUGGAUAUACAGACAUUCAUGGAGAUUUGCUACCUAUUAACAAUGAUGACAACUACAACAAAGCCUUAUCUUCAGCCAAUCCGCUUCUCCGGAUUAUUAUACAGAAGAGAGCUGAAGCAGACAUAGGACUUUUCCCAUAUGGAUCUCUCCCACGUAAAAAGAAGGGGCUUCAUGGCCUUCGUCCAGUUCACAAGUCAAAGCCACACCUUCCUAUCGGAUUACCACAAGACUUCAGACAGAUCUCUUCCAUUAUUGACGUAGAUAUUCUUCCAGAGACACAUCGUCGUGUCCGUUUACACAAACAUGGCACUGAUAUGCCUUUAGGCUUUUACAUUCGAGAUGGAGUAAGUGUGCGGGUCACACCCCAAGGAUUGGAGAAGGUGCCAGGUGUCUUCAUAUCCCGAUUGGUUAAAGGUGGGCUAGCUGAGAGUACAGGCCUACUAGCUGUAAAUGAUGAGAUCUUGGAGGUGAAUGGAAUUGAUGUUGUGGGAAAAUCCCUGGAUCAAGUGACAGACAUGAUGGUGGCUAAUAGCCACAAUUUGAUUGUGACUGUGAAGCCAGCAAAUCAACGGAACAAUGUGGUACGUAGUAGCAAGGCAUCAGGCAGUUCUGGUUUCUCAAGUGACUCAACUCCCAGCCCAGCGUCCCAUUAUAUCAGUAACUGCAGUACACAUGAAGGAGAGAGUGAUGAUGAGGGAGACUUGAUCAUUGAGAAUGACAGCUUACCACCAUACCUUGCAUCAGGUUUUAUGGAUGGUGACCAUCAGAGUCUCCUUCAGCACUUUCAGCAAAGUUUUUCUCUUCAUAGUUCACUCUCUGACAGCAAAGCCUCACUGAGCUCCACAAACACUCACAAUGGGAGCCCCAGCAAAUUUAGCACCAGUCAGGAGAGUAUGAGAGAAGAUGGCAAUAUUCUUACCCUCUAACAAACUGGAUUAUCAUGCCUGAAAAGAAAGACUGACUGUGCCCUUUUUAGGAGAUUGCAUUGAGAUGACCUGUUCUGUCAAAGCUAGAGAAUACAUCAAGCAGUUUUUUGUCUCUUCCAAAAUAAGAAAACUUAAUCAACAACCAGAAUAUUUAAACCCCAAAAUCAAUGGCUUGUUAAUUUUUGGGGAUGCAUCCUUGAAGGACUACAAGAGAAAUGUUUCUUAGUCCUUCAACAAUCAUGAUUGGUGUCCUAACAUCACACUUUUUUUUUUUUUUUGACCAUUCACAAAUUAUUGUCAAAGUGGUGUUUAUGAUUUGGGGAGACUACAAGAAACCUUGAGUUCUAAAUUUUUGUACUUGAUACUGUUCUGUGGGGUUUUAUUUCUUUUCUCCAGCCAGACAAGACCACUAGUGACUAAGCCUUAAUUUUGAUUGUACAGCCAUUCUGUAAACAUGUUUGACACCAUUGCUUUUAUAUAGUUAAAGUUAGGCUAAGUUAUAGACAGGUGAAGCAUGAUGUUUCACAUCUCUGACAUAUAAAUCACUACUCAUUUUAAUCUGUAGUACUUUGACCAACAUUUACAUAAGUCUGUGCUUGUCCCUGUCUUACACCAAAGGCUGCUGGGAUAGGCCCUGAUUCCCUGUGUAUGUCUGUAAUGGAAAAUGCUUGCCAGGUAAAUGAAUAUAUAAAUAAACACACAGUAUGUGUGCUUACUCAAGCAAACUGGAUAGGCUUUUAUCUUAGCUGUAUGCAAAUUAUGCCCCACAGUUUUAUUAUAUUUAUGAAAAUGUUUUGUCCUGUAAGUUGUCAUUGAAAUAUAUUCCUUUUAUUAGGUACAGUAUAUUCUAUAUAUUUAUACAUAUAAAAUAACAAACAUAAUAACUGGUACUGCCAUCAUGGAUAGUCUUAGCUCAUUCAUAUACUUAUUGCUUUAUUCUAAUCUAUUGGCGUGGUUUGAAUUUGAGAAGUAAUAAAAUAUAAGAAAGCACACAAAUAAUUGGCACGCUAGUCUGCUUUACAAUGUUUUCCCACUGCUUAGCUAUAAAUUAGUCAAGUUUGAUUUAGGUUCAGACACUCACAUUUCAAGAUGAAAUGUUAUUUUUAUAUUCAUAUUCCGACAAUAACAUUUGUUAAAUCUUGAUUUAAUAUUAAUUUCUAUGAUCAUCAUUUUAAUUAUGCAUUUUGCUUGCUGAAUGCCCAAAAUAAGAACAAUAUAUAAAAUGCUAUUUGAUAUUAAAACUGAAUUUGGAGAUUUUUUCAAAGAUUUAUUGAUGCUGAUUAAUUAUUUGCAGUUUCUUUUAAUUUUAAUGGUUUAAUUUUAUACAUUUUCUAAUAGUUUGAGAUAGGGGCUGGCUUCCAGGAUUACACAAACACAGUAUGAAGAGAUUUCCUUGUUUAAGAUAAUGCAUAUAUAAAAUAUUAUAACAGACAACCUUAGUGUAAUACCCUAACUCUGCUUUACAAAGUUUUGCGCUACUUGUCUUUUAUAAAGGGCAUAUGGCUUUAAUUUCUAGAAAUCCCUAGGCAUUACCAUGUCAUGGCCCCUAGCAGGCAUAUGAGCACAACUGCCCCAAGAAACCACCCUUUCAGUUAUAUGCACAUGCAUCAGAGUCUAUAUUCUCACAGUCUAGGGCUUUCCUUGAAUAGGCUGUCCAAUUUGGAUUUUCCUCUGUUUCUGCAAACCUCGAUAAAAGGAAAUUUAAUAUAUACAGAAAACAUAAUUUAGUGUUUUUUCCUGGUUGAAAGGCAAAGAAAGUCUGAUAUAAAGUGAUUUGCAUGUCAGAGAUAACUGCUAGGGCACUAACUUCUUUUUCCAGAGAUAUAUGAAAUGUUUCUGAAAUAAUAUAUAGGUUACCGAUAUAGUUUUUAAAGUGUUAGAUAGGAUAAUACUAAUGUUCCACAAAUAUGUAAAAAAAAGGCUGUGCUACUUUAAAGUAAAGGAAACAAUGCUCUAUGCAGAGGGGUUCAUCCUGCAAAACAGUGAGGUUUACUGUUGUUCCCUGUUCAUUAACAUUACAAAGGACCUACAAUACAGUAAAACUUUUAUCAUAAUUGUGGACAUCACAAGGCGUAUAUCAGACAUUUUGUGACUGACAGUUGGAUUUGAGCAUUUGUGUUGUAUUUGUUAGAAGGGCUGGACAAAAUGGCCUGCAAAGCACUUUCUGUCAUUCCAGAUCUUACCAAGAAUUUUAUUUGCUACCUCUUUUUACUCACAAGGAUCAGGUAUGGUGUAUGUUACAGCCUCUGAAAUACUGUUUGUGAGGCCUUCUUACAAUGGAUGUUGGCUUCAAAUGGUACACUGCACUGCAAAAAUGUAUUUUGCACAAGUUUUAAAUGAAAGCUUUUGCACCAUUUUUUCUUUGGUUCAAAGUGUAUGGGCACAUUACAGAUCUCAAAAUGUAAGUGACAUUUGAAUACACUUAUGGAUAAAAUCCUUAACAAGGACAAAUACAGCUGCUGAUGUGUACUCCUGUUUAAAGAAGAAUUUUAAUGAAGGAAUAUAUUUUUUUGUUCAUCAAAAUAUUUUUUUGUUUAUAACUGGAACCUCGACUAUCUGAUCCUUUUUUUUUUUUCGUUUCUCCUUUGCAAAUUUACAACCACUUUUUUCAUUUUCCAAUUACUGAUUGGUGAAAUCUUUGUCAAAACUGGUUUUAUAUACUGCUGUCUCAUGAGUUGUUCUUGCAAAAGAAAAAUUUUAGACUACCAGUACAGACUUUCUGUUGCCAGUUGCCUAAUAUGAGUUUCCCUAAAUUAAUGUGGAGUUGAAAUCUAAUAUAAAAACAUAAUCUUGCAUUAGAUUUACACAAGAGUGCUGCUGAUUUGUAGAUAUUUGAUUCUGGGUUAAAAAUUUACCCCAUUCACCCCUGAGUGGAAUUUGCACAUUCAAUCCAUUUUCCCAUUGUUUUCUCUGCAACAGCUUGAUUUUCCUCCUCUUUCACUCCAAUGAUAUGUGUAUGUGGUUAAUAUUACCCUGUGAUGGAAAGUCAUCCUGUCUAACGUUGCCUUGGAAAAUUAAUGUAUUGAUUUGCAUGAUGCACAUAUGUAUUCUGAGUGACUUGCAAGGCAAUAAAAAUGCCCAAUUUAUAUACACACAACUGAUGGCAAGACAUUCAAGAACUUAAGUUGACACUUUUCAUACAGUUUGAACAUUAAAUGGAAAGUUAUAGUGAUAAGCCUUGGGACUGUUUGUAUGUAUGUGUCUACCUUUUGAAUGUUUCUUCCCAUCAAAACACAAACUGUGCAGCACAUGGGUGGACAACAGCUAUUCAUUUGCUGGACAGUUUCUGUUUUUUCUUGGUUUUGUCCUAAAAUUGAUCUGAGAGCUUCCAUUGGUGUAUAAAUGGGUAAAAAGUUAAUUGGGCUUAGGGUUAUUAGUUUGGACUUGACUCUGGUUAGCAGCCAAAUACUAAAUCAAUUUUUAAAUGAUUUGUUUAAUUUUUGAGUCAAAGUUUUGUAUUAUAAUAUUAAUACAACUUGUGCAGUACAGAUUUAACCUUGAAGCCAUUACAGCACAAAGCCUGGCAGAUUACUGACUUUUAUCACUACUGUCUAUCCGAAAAUAUUAGUUUUGAGCAAAACCUAUCCAUUCCCUCCAUCCUUCAAAUUCCCCACUUUGAUUUACUGUAUUUCCACAAAGGUUUGGCCAACAUGAGACUUGUACUGGCUAGUCAAUCUUGUUUUUUAUUAUUAAAAACCAGACCUCUAGGUGAUAUCGUUAUGGGGCUCAUUGGGAGAAUAAACUUUGCUAAAGCACAAUUGCAUACUUAUGGGAGGUGAUAUACUGAUUUUCUUGUUUUUAUUUGUAACUAUGAGUUUUACGUUUGCACAUGCUGGAGUAUGUCACUAGGUCUCAUUUACAUUCUUUUUUUUCUGCAUUCUUCAAAUUGUUUUGUUUUUUUCACCAAGAUUGUUUAAUUACCAGUAAAUAAUCAGAUUCUCAAUUCCUAUAAUAUUUACAAGUUUUUCCAACUUUAUAACGCAUUUAUAACUAAGAUAAAGUCACCAUGCCCUUGACUAUAAACGCCAGGGCUAUUAAGACCUGUCCUUUUGGGUACUUGAAUGGUCUGUUUGGAGGGACCAUGCUAAUUCAAUGAUAUUACAUCCACCAGAUUUAACAAAAGCUAUUGGGAGUGCAAGACAGGACAAAGGCAGACACUUUAUAGAGGUUCAGAAUGUUAACUUUACUUCUGAAGAGACUCUGUAAAGUAAAAAAUGCCAUACGGUGCAGUGUAUCUGCAAUAUUAUAAACUGUGACUUAUCAUAAUGCACACAAUAUUUAAGAUAUUCUAACAGAAAUGUUAAGGCGAGCCAAGAAUAUAACUUUUUAUUUUCUUUUUACUGUGAUGUCUCCAUUUAGAAACCCAGAGUUUGCUCAACUGUUAUGUAACAUAAGAGAUAUCUAGGGAAGUGGUACAGACUAAACAUUCUACAUCAGCUAUCUUAAUCCUGCUGUUUGCUGUAUCUUUAUUUUGCUGAAACUGCAAUGAAAUGCAUAAUAUACUGUAUAAUGUAUUUCAGAUAUGAAGCCUAUCAUGUUUCCGUUUCUUUUUUCCUUUUUGAAAAAUUGGGUAUGAAGGUUUAGUAUAUGAAAGGGGUAGAACUCUGAGAAUUUCCUCCUACCCCGUUAUAUAAUUUACAACCAUCUAAUAUGGUCUGAAGUUUAAAUAAUGCUUGUUUUAGCACAGUUGUCUGCUUAAUGCAGGGGUUCUCCAUUCCAGUCCUGGAUAGUUCCACUGGUUUCAAGUCAUCGUCCCAAUCAAUUUCUUACUGAGAGACUUUUUUUUUUUUCCCUAAUUCUGAGAUUAAGUAAAUUCUGAUUUACUAGUUUCUGGGAUUCCCAGAUAUUAGAGGGACUCAAUCUCAGUCCUGGGUGAGCAUGGUAGUUACAGGUUUACAUUGCAAACAGUCAGUUUGAAGGUGAUUGAGGACACGGCUUGUAGUGAAAAUCUUUAUUUUUGGGACUGAGAUGCCGAUACUGAGCUAUUCUGGCUUAAAAAAUAAUGUGGUCUUUACCCAGCCUCUUGACAUCAGCCAUAGGGCUUGCCUUGAUCUUGCCUUGAUGCUCCAUACUUGUACGAUCUAUUAAAACAUGCAGAAAUUCUUAAAUGGCUUACAUAAAAGACGUUUGUGUUGUGGCAGUGAUGCUUGUGUCCUUGGUCCGUUUGCCAUUAAUUCAGAUUGUGGAAGUACCAACAAAAAGUAUGCUGAACAGCAGGAUUCUUCCUCUUAUGUGCUGCAUAGGACAUAGAAAUCAAAAAAUGGUUCUUGAUAAUAAAUUUGCUUAAUCUAAUUGCAGAGAGACCUGUGGGUUAUAUUGAAGACAACAUAAAAAAUGUUUUAAAAUAUGAUUUAUUGAUCUUAAGUCUAACUUAGCUGACUUUUAACUUCCACAUUUCCAAGCUUAACUGAUCAUGUAAAUUUGACUUGUCUUCAAAACAUUUACUUUUGAUGGUGUAAAGGGUAUAUUUUAGAGUCACAAGCUUCUGUCAUUGCAUUCACAUUUCACAUCAAGAGAGCUCAAUGGGCAAUUUUAAUAAAUAAAAAGUUGGGCACAGAAUCCAGUCUACAUGACAGAGGGUUGGUACUCUUCAGGCUGACAAAGAGACACACUAAUCCUCAGAACUUGAUGUCAAACACCAAGAGCAGUACGCUCUAAUCUUUAACUGAGGCUUGUCUUAAGCCCGACUUGUAUUUAACUAUAGACUUUUUUUAGGUAAACGUACAUUAUAUAUGUGUACAAAACAAUGAAGGGAAAUUUUUAUUACCAUGGGAGAUUUUCUAUAAGACGUUUUAUAUAUUAAAAUAUGGACAGUAUUUUUUCAUAUUCUUGUACUUUUUUGUAUAUGAGAAUUCCUUGACGUCUCUGUAUCCAUCAUGAUUUGGAGGGAUAGGAGGGGAAAUCAAGACAAAUUUAUAAUAUAUUACUGAAUCAAAGGGUUCUGGGUGUAAAAUACUGUGAAUGUUAUACAUGUAACCUGAUUAUAAAAUAUUAUCUAAGAAAAUAAAGAUGAUGCUUAAA